AUGAUUAAAAAAGUAGUUUCUUUAUUUUUUAUUUUUUUUUUAUUUACAAUAGUUAGAGCAGCCCCAGGAAAUGACAACAACAAUGUUAACAAUGAUGGAAUUGUACACGUGUUAAGCAAAAAUAUUGACGUAAAAAAUUUACAAGGUACCUUUUAUGAAAUAGCUACAAAUGCUUCUGAUAAAAUAUUUCCAGGUUUAGCAUGCAGAUGUACAAAAUAUGAAUUAUCAGGUUUAAAAAGAGAUGGUAAUUUAGGUUAUGUUUUAAUUAACUUUUCAUGUGCUCGUAAUUUUAUUUUCGGUGAAAAGAAAUCAGAAAUGACUUUCAAGUUAAUAUUAAACAAACCAUUAGAUGAAAAUACAACAACUGUUGAAGAAUUUAAUGCUAGUAUUUAUUUAGUACAAGGAAACCAACAAAUAUUAUUAAAUGGAAACAUCAAUAUAAUAUAUGCUGAAUUAAAUGAACAAAAUGAAUUCGAACAUCUUAUCUUAGGUGGUCAAAAAUCUAUAGAACCCAUGAUCAUUAUGUCUAAAUAUAGAACCGUUUUAUUAGAUACUUACAAUAAAUUAAUAAACUCUCUUUAUUUAGCUGGAUAUGAACCAUCACUUUUAACUUGGCCAUUUAUCAUACAAACAGAUCAAACCUUCUGUGAUUAA